AGACGCGGUUCAACCAUCCCGAGCUUGCUGCUCGACGUCCACGACUUCGCCGUGCAACCCACGCACGGCAUCAUGCCUGCUCCACGUCUGUCCCAGAGCGCGGAAGCUGCGCGAGCAGCUGCGCUACAAGCCGAAUUCAACGAGAAGAAAUGGGUUUGGGUUCCGGACGACAAGGAGGGCUAUCUUGCGGGAUGGGUGGUGAAGGAGGAAGAGGACAUGGGCGAGGUCGUGAUUGCAUCUGGAGGAGAGAUACGAAGACUACCGCUGUACGCGCUCUCGAAGAUGAACCCGCCUAAGUUCGACCGCGUCGACGAUAUCGCGGACUUGACAUUCCUCAACGAAGCAAGCGUAGUACAUAACCUCCGUCUAAGGUAUGGCUCCGGCGCGAUUUAUACAUACUCCGGCUUAUUCUUGGUAGCCAUCAACCCUUACCAGCACCUUCCGCUCUACUCGGACGCAAUCGUCCACCAAUACCGGGGAAAACGACGAGAUGAGAACCCGCCACAUAUCUUCGCCAUCGCAGAGCGCGCGUGGAUCAACAUGGGCGAAGAACGCGAGAACCAGAGCAUCCUGAUCACCGGUGAAUCCGGCGCAGGCAAGACGGAAAGCACGAAGAAGGUCAUUCAAUACCUCGCUGCGAUCGCGACCGACGCACAUCCCCCGCAAUCCCACUCUCAGUCCCCUUCGCUCACACAUUCGAAUUCCUUCAAUUCUAUCAUGCCAACUGCCGGCCUUCCCCGCACCAGCUCAUUCAAGAAGCAUGGCAAGGGCAUGUCGUCGUCCGGGUCAGGCUUCACUGCAAAGGAUCGGCUUGGCCUGCUCGAGCGCCAGAUCCUACAAGCCAACCCUAUCCUGGAGGCAUUCGGUAACGCACAGACACAGCGUAACAACAACUCCAGUCGGUUCGGCAAGUUCAUUCGAAUCAGCUUCUCUCCGGACGGUAGCAUUGCUGGUGCGAACAUUGACUGGUAUCUGCUCGAGAAGAGCAGAGUGGUCGUACGGAGUGAGGCGGAGCGGAGCUUCCAUGUUUUCUACCAGCUGAUGGAGGGUGGCGGAAGCUUGAAAGAUACACUGCUCCUGGACGGUGGCGUCGAGGACUACGAGUAUCUGAACAAGAGCAGACGAGAAGUCGACGGCAUUGACGACAAAGAAGAGUGGGCAUUGCUCAAGAACGCAUUCGAGACGGUCGGCUUCACUGUCGCUGAACAACUUGACCUAUUUCGAAUCGUUGCUGCCGUCUUGCACAUUGGCAACAUCACGAUCACCGAAACGCGCUCGAACGACGCGGUCAUGCCCGAUCCGUCGCAAGCGGAACGCGUCUGCCAUCUUCUCGGGAUUACCGUGGCCGAGUUUACCAGAGCAGUGCUUCGUCCUCGCGUGCUCGCCGGACGUGAGUGGGUAACACAAGCCCGGACGCAGCAGCAAGCGUUGGACGAACUUUCCGCCCUCUGCAAGACACUCUACGAGAAGUCGUUUGGCAUGCUCGUCGACCGAAUCAAUCGUGCUCUCGACCGGCCAUCGUCCAAGUCAACAUUCAUUGGCGUGCUCGAUAUCGCCGGUUUCGAGAUCUUCGACGUGAACGGAUAUGAGCAGCUACUGAUCAACUAUACGAACGAGAAACUGCAGCAGUUCUUCAACUACCACAUGUUCACGCUCGAGCAGGAGGAGUACGCUCGUGAAGGCAUCGAGUGGGACUACGUCAACUUCGGGCUCGACCUCCAGCCGACGAUCGACCUGAUCGAGACGAGUGGCAACGCGAUCGGUAUCCUGAGCCUUCUGGACGAGGAGUGCAUCAUGCCCAAGGCCACAGAUCUCACAUUCACGAACAAGCUGCACGCACUCUGGGCGAGCGAACCACUACCCGGCGACGAGCCGCACCCGGGGAGCUCAAAGUAUGAGCCUGCGCGUUUCGAGCAGGGCUUCAUCGUCAACCACUACGCUGGCCGCGUCGAGUACCGGACAGAUGGCUGGCUGGAGAAGAAUAAGGACCCGCUCAAUGAUAACCUGACUCGCGUGCUUUCAGCAUCCUCCGAACGCUACGUCGCCUCGCUCUUCGCGGAGUACAGCGAGGCCCCGUCCCUCGUGGGCGCUCUGACGAUGGGCAAGAAGCGUGUCACGAAGAAGGGCGCCUUCAGAACCGUCGGUCAAAGGCACAAGGAGCAGCUGGCGGGCCUCAUGGCUCAGCUGCAGGCUACGCAGCCGCACUUCGUCCGGUGUAUCGUCCCGAAUACGCACAAGAAACCAGGGCGUGUCGACGUUCCUCUCGUCCUCGACCAGCUACGAUGCAACGGUGUCCUCGAAGGUAUCCGUAUCGCGCGUCUCGGAUAUCCUAACCGCCUUCCCUUUGUCGAGUUCCGUCAACGCUACGAGGUGCUCACUCCCGGAGUCAUCCCGCGUGGAUACAUGGAUGGCCGCAAGGCGUGUCUGCGUAUGGUCGACGCGUUGGAGCUCGACAAGGCGAAUUUCCGGAUCGGUACUUCGAAGAUCUUCUUCAAGGCGGGAGUUCUGGCGGAGCUGGAGGAGCGUCGAGACACUCUGCUGUUCGACAUCUUCUCAAGGCUGCAAGCAGUAGCGAGAAAAUGGACUGCCCGGCGGCAGAUGAAGAAGAUUCUGAACCGUGCUGUAGCUAUUCGCACUAUCCAGCGCAAUGCUCGCGUGUAUGGGGAGCUACGUGACUGGCCGUGGUGGCAAUUGUAUACGAAGGUCCGACCACUCCUCGGUUCGACUCGUAACGACGACGAACUUCGAAAGAAGGAAGCCGAGCUAGCUCUUGCCAAGGAGCGCGCAGAACGCGAUCAGCGCGAGAAGGAGGCGUUGGAGAGUCUGAAGAUGAGCUUGGAGGCUGAGAAGCGCAAGGUCGAGGAUAAUCUAGAAGCUGAGCGGGCUCUUGCGCUGGACAAAGAUGCGCUGCUAGAUCGUAGCAAGAAACGAGAGGCCGAACUCGAAGACGAGGUUGCUGCGCUUCAAGCCGAUCUUGACACUCUGGACUCCCAACUUGAUAGAGCCCUCAAGCUCCAGAAGGAGAGUGAAGAGAAGCACGAGACCCUCCGUCAUGCAUUCGAUCAGGCGGCCGAGCACCUCGUUCGUCUGGAGAGUGAGCAGCAAGAUUGGGAAAGUCGAGAAGUCGAGCUCAAUGAGCAGCUCGAUCUUGCCCAAGAAGAUAUCGACGCCAUCAAAGCUGAACGUGACAACCUAGAGAAGCUCAGUGAUGAGCUGAAGAACCUCGUAGCGCAAAGAGAGGAAGAUCUAGGCCGCACAAAGGAGAGGAUGGAGUCGACUCUGUCUGAUUUGGGGACCAAGCUCACUGCAGAGACAAGAAACAAGAGGACGAAGCGGAGCGCCUAACCGCAGAGUUGGACAAGUCGAAAGCCGAGCGCGGUCGAUUACUGAAGCAGAUCACGGAGUUGCGAGGCAAAGAGGAUGCGCUGACUGUUGAGCUCCUGGCACAGCGUAGCGACCGGGAACGCGAUGCUGCCAUUCAGGCGAAACUUCAAGAGGAGCUCGACGAGCUCCGGAGCGUGUUG